CAAUCGCAAAAUCUGUUGCGCCACAGUUCAAAGUAAUGUGCUGUAAUGUUGAUGUUAUCAUUGAGGUCAAGAUUUCUUACAGACUAUUUUACAUGCCAGACUUCUCCUUUACUGAAAACCCUGUGGAGGUGGUGCCUGUUCUCAUAACCCAACUAGAGCUACAAAACCAAUGCAAGACUAAAUGUAUCUUUAAAACUAAAUGGUCCAGGAGAAUUGUACUGAAGUAUAUAUGUGAUCAAAUGGUAUUAAAUGUAUAAUACUUGCUACAUUAUCAACCAUAUAGAAUAACAUAUGGUCAUAUAUAAAGUCAUCCAGGUGAAGCCUUAAAACUAUGGUACCACAAGUAUCAUUUAAAGUGCUUCAUCAGUCUGAUACAAACUAAACACAAUAACAACCACUGAAGCAGAUCUAGCCUCAGCCAAGCCACAAUAGUAGUCUGUGGAUUAUUUAAUUGCAACUAAUUCACUUUUUUAUGCAGCACUCGGAUACCUGGCUUGUGCCAGCCACCUGUGUUGCUGCUGGAUGUAUUUGCCCAAGACUUGAGUUGACCAACCCUCAGGAUCAUCACAUCUGGGAGGUAGCCUACCAGCCUACCAGGUGACCCAGUCAGCUAGGCUGGUAGGAUGACAUACAUCUGGGUGGAAACUCCCAUGAGUGAUGUCACCAUAGGGUCAUCAACAUCAACAUCCCUUGGUGGUAAAACGUGUAUUUCUAAAUUCCAGUUAACCCGUUCUAGGCACAUUCAACAAACGGCUAUAAACAGCUAUAUAAUGUAAAUAUAGCGGCAUAGCACAGUCUUGCUGAAGACAUCUGUCCAUCCUGGAUGUAGGCCGGAGGACCAAGCCGUGGUUGGGGCCAUCUCUCCUCGCUCAAGCUCCGUAACGGACCUCCCCCCUCAGCUCCUUGGUGACGUAGUUGAGCAGCGCCGCGGUCACCUGCUGCUGGAGCGUGGCGUUGCCCAUCACCAAAGCGUCGACCUGCGCCACAUCCCAGCAGCCCAUCAGUCCCCCCACAGCACCGCCUACGGCCAGGAAUCUAUUCCAUUUAUUCCGCUUGAGAUUCAAUCAUCAGAGAAUAUUACGUAGGAAAGCAGCUUUUAAAAAGGUUUACAGACUGAAAUAGACAGUCAACCCUCACGAUAAUACAUUUUGAUAUGUAUGUGAGUGACUCGACUGGUCAAUUAAUGUCAGGGCCUCUAGACUGAAAGCAAAUUAUUCUAGUGCAUACAUGGUUGCACUCAAGUAUCCUUGACCCUAGAGGUCAUUUAAGGUCACAUCAGAGAGUCAUUUCAGGUAGGAAGUCCGAGCACUUCUGCCUCUUUGAAUGGCGUUAAUGUGUUUUGGGUUUUUUAUGAGAUGACUCUUACCGCCGGCAAUUUCACGUGGCCCGAAAAGCAGACCUCCAAAAAAGGCACACACUGCAACAAUCAUAGCUCCUUUGGUAGCCGUUUGAAAUGAAACAGUAAUUUUCUGCUGAGCCGAGACUUCACAGCACAGGCGCAUGGCGUGUGCCAAUACUGGAGUUGGGAGAUGAUGACAGACCUGACAUUGCUGACAAAGCAUUCAAGGUUUUUUUAUGGUAGUCAACUAAACCAGCACAUUCUUCAACAUUUAAAUGUUCUUUUUUAUGUAUGUUUUUCUUUAUUUUUAAAUUACGGCUAAUCAAAUACUUUCCAGGAAAAUGAUGCAUUACUGGACUUAUUUUUGGCUCAGCCUUAUGACCUAUUCUGUGCAACUGGUUAAGCAUGUGUACCAGUGUUGCCAUGCUAAGACAGAUGGGCUUUUUCCACAUUGAAUAUUGACUUGUGAUGACGUUGACCUGCACUAAACGUCCAAUUGUCAUAUCGAUUAAAGCAUAUGGAGUGACCUCUUUCGUAGAUCGAGUGACCACAAAAAGUUUCGUGAUUCUAUUGAUUUAGGGUUCCAAAUGAAUACAACUCUUGAGUAAUCUGAAUGUGUAAAAUAAUGAUGAAUACCUAUUUUUACCCUUCGGUGGAAGAUUUUACAUUUUGGGGAACUUGACCUCCUUGGAAGUUCAGGGUUGUCAUUUGUUGGGGGAGGAGCAUGGUGUGCCAACAUCCUCGUAAUGAGUCUUGAAAUGUACUGCACACCACAACCUGUCCACACAACCGCAUUGAUCUGCAUUCGCUGCUCAACGUCUCAACACUAGACUUUUAACAGUGCAAGUCAAGUCAUGGCAGCCAACAACCGAUCGUUCACCAAGGUGAACCACGCCCGCAUCAAGGCAGUUGAGCGCUCGUUCGGACCCGGUGCGAGGCCCCUUUGCAAGCCGGACAGGGUGCUGGUUGGAGAGGGACGGCUGUUGAAGCGCAGCCGCCACGGGAAUCAGCCCAAAGCAUUUUUCCUCUUCAACGACGUGCUGGUGUACGGCACAGUCGUCGCGUCGUGUCAGUGGCACAAGAACCGGAGAAUCGUACGUCUAGAGGACAUCGAGCUGGAGGACCACGAGGACAGCCCACCAAUGGAGAACCACUGGCUGAUCCGCACGCCUCGCAAGUCCUUCUACGUGGCGGCCGGCUGCCCCGAGGAGAAACGCGCCUGGAUGGAGCGCAUCGUCGAGUGCCGCGAACGCCUGCUGCAGGGCGCCGCCACUCGCCAGCACAGCUCCACCUUCCAACCCUUCGCCCCCACCUGGAUCCCAGACCAUGUGUCGGCCAUGUGCAUGCGAUGUCCCAACAAGUUCUCCUUCAUCCAGCGCCGCCACCACUGCAGGAACUGCGGUUUCCUGGUGUGCGCGGCGUGCUCCGAGCAGCAGGCCGUGCUUCCCAACAUCCACCGCCGCGAGCCCCAGAGGGUGUGCGAACUGUGCCACACCAGCCUCCUCAAGGAGCAGGAGAGGACCGAAAGGAUGGGGGACAGCAGGGGGGAGGGCCUGGAAGUCAGUGAUGAUGAUGAGGGGGUCGGGGAUGGACUCCCAAGGGCCCAGCAGGUUGGACUCCCAUAAACCUGGUCCCCAUGCGUAUUUAUGGAGCCAGCACACCUGCGGCCUGGGAAAAUGAACAAUUCUCCAGACAUUCUUAUGUGAUUUUUAUUUUAAAAAGAUUUACAAAACAGAGCGGGACUUGAGAAAUAUAUAUGUACACUGAAGUGGCGAAGGAAGCUGUUUCCCUACCAUGUCUGUCGCAAGAAGCAUCAUUUGUAAUUGUUAGUAGUUUACAAAAUCUAUUCGAAAUGCACUUUAAAGGGGGAGUGUGGAUUGAUCUAGGGCAGAGGUGUCAAACACAAGGCCCGCGAUCCGAAUCAGGCCCGCUAACUCAUUUUAUGUGGCCUGCAGUAGCUUCAAAUGAAUUUGAAAAUCGUACAAAAAAAAGACAAAAAUGCAAAAAAGUUCUGCCACACAUCUCUGAUAAGCUAUCAUUGCAUUCCCCACCAAAAAGCCCUGUGGGAAAUGGUUCUGGAACUGUAUGAUAUAAUGACAACAACGGUCAUUAUAUGGCAGAGAUUCAGGCUCGUGGCCUGGAUCAGCGCCAGUUCCAGCAGUUUUUGAAGGAGGUUGCUAAGAAUAUGGAGAUGUGACAUACCCUACACAGAAUUAAGGUGGUAGGACUGCAGUCCUCAAACAAGUUUUUGAGCUUAGUAACGUUUAUUUAAUAACUUAUGUUUUUUAACUUAUAUUACUUUUUUUUAUUCACUUGAACAGUUUGAUCUUUGAUUGAUUGAGUUAUGUUGGUUUUCUUCACUUGAUAAAUUAAAAGGAUUUAUGUUAAUAUAACAGAGCAAUUUUCUUAGUUGCUUACAUAUAUAUUCAAAUGUAUGUAAUUGCAUGUACAAGUAUGCAAUGUAUAUUUAUGCACCUGAAUAUAUAAUAAUCAAACAGACAGUUAUUUAACAAUAUCUUAAGGAAUAGUUAAAUUAUGUAGUCUUAGUUACAACCGGCCCUUUCAAGGGAACCUAUAGAUCAGGCUACCAGGUUGCUUAAUUAAACAUCCAUUCAAUGCAUAGCUUGAAGUGCGCGGAAAGCUCUAUAUAAUUCCAAUUUAUUAUUAUUAUAGCUGAGUGCAUGGCGCAAUACAUGGGAUGCCACAAGAGGCAAGUUAUCGGAAAUCUAUAAGCCUUGCUAGCUUUUAUUUGCUUUUCUUAUUUGCCCUUCUAUGUAAGGACUGAUAAGUCACAGACACCACUUUGACAGAAUUGUAAAAGGGUUUACUGGCACUUGCUUUAAUCCACUGUAAUAACAUGAUAAGGUUACUGGUACUCACUUGUGCAUUUAGUCAUGGUGCAUAACCGGUUCAUUGGAUCAACUAGAGCUAAAUCCAUUUUGUUUAGCAGCUGUUCCGCUCAACAGUUCUGAAAGCGCCUAUAGAUAUGUGAUGUAUCUUUAUUGUUUUUCUGAUUCCUAUGACCACCAUGCAUUCUAUUAAGUAUUUUCUUUCUCAAAUAUUUUUUAUACUAAACUAUUCUAGGCAGAUUAUUUUAUGCAUAACUUUCGAUAAAAGCAUCUGCUGAUUGACUUAAAUCAAUAACAAAGUAAAGAAAAUGUUUCACUAAGUAUUUAUUAAAACAUGAUCGUCUUCAAAUAAAAGGGAAGGAAAUUAAAAGCAAUCAGAAAACUCCAUCGCAAAAUCUGUUGCGCCACAGUUCAAAGUAAUGUGCUGUAAUGUAGAUGUUAUCAUUGAGGUCAAGAUGCCUUCCAGACUAUUUUACAUGCCAGACUUCUCCUUUACUGAAAACCCUGUGGAGGUGGUGCCUGUUCUCAUAACUCAACUAGAUCAACAAAACCAAUGUAAGACUAAAUGUAUCUUUAAAACGAAAUGGUCAGGGAGAAUUGUACUGAAGUAUAUAUAGGAUCAAAUGGUAUUAAAUGUAUAAUACUUGCUACAUUAUGAACCAUAUAGAAUAACAUAUGGUCAUAUAUAAACUCAUCCAGGUGAAGCCUUAAACUAUGGUACCACAAGUAUCAUUUAAAGUGCUUCAUCAGUCUGAUACAAACUAAACACAAUAACAACCACUGAAGCAGAUAUAGCCUCAGCCAAGCCACAAUAGUAGUCUGUGGAUUAUUUAAUUGCAACUAAUUCACUUUUUUAUGUAGCACUCUGAUACCUGGCUUGUGCCAGCCACCUGUGUUGUUUUUGGAGAUAUGCCCAAGACUUGAGUUGACCAACCCUCAGGAUCAUCACACCUGGGAGGUCACAUCCUGAUGGAUGUAGCCUACCAGCCUACCAGGUGAGGUGACCCAGUCAGCUAGGCUGGUAGGAUGACAUACAUCUGGGUGGACACUCCCAUGAGUGAUGUCACCAUAGGGUCAUCAACAUCCCAUUUGGUGGUAAAACAGGGGUACUUCUAAAUUCCAGUUAACCCGUUCUAGGCACAUUCAACAAACGGCUAUAGACAGCUAUAUAAUGUAAAUAUAGCAUAGCACAGUCUUGCUGAAGACAUCCGUCCAUCCUGGAUGUAGGCCGGAGGACCAAGCCGUGGUUGGGG